AUGAUAGCGAGCGAUAGUUCGAAAAAUGUUCGCAGCUGUCCAUCGUGUGGGAACCUUCUGAUCGAAAAAGUUUGAUGUAAUCGUAAGGAGAAAGCAUUUGAAAGCAACAUGUCGAAAGUAUCUCUCUGUGUUCUCCUCCCAUUAUUAAUCGUGAGCGUUGCGUCGUUGAAGAAGAAGCUUCAUUUUAGCGACGUGGUCGACUCAACGAUCUCGAUUCUAAGCAAAUGCAUACUACCGGAAAUCGCCGAAGAAACUUUAUUGCUAGGCGGGGAAUACAAUGAUUUCCUGAAACGAGCGCUCUUCAAUAUUAAACCGGUAGCUCUGAUAGCGGAGUCGAAGCGUAGCGCUCUCGACAACUUUGCCAGGACGAAGUAUUCCUACCAUCAGUAUCUGAACUAUCGCUUUAUCCACUUCUUGCGAAAGGUGCACCGUUUCGUACUGGUGACAUCCUCGCAGCCGCUCUUGCGAUCUGUUUUGCAGAGAACAAAAGAUUCUCCUUGGGCGAACGCAGACGGAUUUUACAUCCUGAUCGACAGACAGACCGCAAAUCGAGGUUGUAUAAACGCUCGCUCAUAUCUCUGGGCAGCUUGGGAAUACGACUUACUCUCUGUCGUGUUCAUAUGCAUCGAUCCAGACGACGGGAUUGUCCAUUACACGUUUAAUCCGUUCUCGAACCACACGCCGGACAGUUGGCACCAGGUGAGCGUUUUCAGAGGACGAGACGAUCAUCCGUGGAGAAUGUUCAAGAAGAAAUUCGCACACGACGGGGACAUAUGCAAGGACCUGCACUUCGACAGAACGACCACUCUGAACGGCUACGCGAUUCGACUGAACGCGAUUGAAAUGCAACCGUUCUUGAAAAUCAAUCUCACCGAAACAGGUCUGGACUUGUUCGGCGGUGACAACAGCGAGGUCAUCAAGGUGCUCUUUCAUAAGCUGAAAGCGUCCCUUUUCAUCGACAUUCACAAUGGUAGCACCUAUGACCUCGGUGGCGUAGGGCCUAAUGGUACUUUAUGGGGCAUGAUGGCCGCAGUGGGCGACGGAAAGGUAGACAUGGCCAUGAAUACCAGAUCGUUGGUCGCAAUGUGGAAGCUUAGGUACACAUAUCCUCACACAAGAUCGGGCAUUUGCGUGAUAUCGCAGCCGAAUCAACAAAUCUCGGAGUUCACCAAACUGAUAACGUUUCUGCAGCUGCCAGUGAUGAUGGGGAUUUUCAUAAUCUGCCUGCUCACCUACGUGAUUUUCACGAGGAACGUGGGAUACGUUUCUGCCGCGUUGGAGGUGAUAAGACUCAUGGUCUGCGUGGCAAUUUUGCAUCCGCCGAGAAUCAGUUCCGCCCGAAUCUUCUUGUGCAUGGUGUUCAUUCUGUUCCUGAACGUAAACUCCUUGUUUCAAAGUCGCUGGUUGUCCCUGCUCACCGUGCCGGUCUUUUACAGUACCGUCGACAGCUUCGAUAGUAUCAAGGAACAUGAAUACAAAAUACAUGGGCCGUUGGUUAUGAAAGACUUCAUAAACGACAACGUGCUCAAAUCGCGUUACACCGUGGCGAGCUCGACCAGUGAGUGCAAGAAGUCCGUCGAGAAUUCGACGGACAUUGUGUGCAUCGGCGACUGUUACCACCUUUAUUACAGGAUCCGGAAUGAGGACCUGUACGAGUCAAAGAAUCUGCGCGAGAUGACGUUGACGUACGUCACCCGCGAGGAUUGGCCAUUGUACGGAAGAGUGAACCACGCUAUUCAACAAAUGGUGCAGUGCGGUUUGAUCAACAAGUUUCGAGCCGACAGUCUCAGAAAGCUCAGGAGAACGAGAAUGAAGAGAAACGCGAAGAAGAAAAGCUACAAGGUGAUGUUGCUGUCGCAGUUGGCGUUCAGUUUCUACAUCCUCGGUGUCGGAUACAGCUGCGCCACUGUGGUCUUCGUGGCGGAAGUGCUAAUUGAUAUAUCCAAUCGCAAUCGAAGAGCAAGGGAAAGAAAGCAAACAGCUGGAACGGAUGUUAAAGUUGUGGUGAUAUCAGCGUGGAAUUGAAGAUCCGACUUUGCAUAGAAUUUAAGAAACUACGUUAAGAAUACUGAAAAAAGAUAUAAUCCUAUCCUUAGCGGAAUUCUCUAUAUGUGGUUUUAAGAAGAUUUCGCGAAAAUCAAAAGAAUAAUAUUGCAAAAAGAAAGAACUAUAGCUGCAAGACGUUAUUUCCUGUAAUUUCACAUUUUAAGCGAAAACCGAAAAAGUACACUGCAAAGCCAAGAAUGUCAUUUUAAUUAAAUUUCUUUUUACUACAUUUCUUACCGUUUUAAGGCUCCUGGGGAGUCGCAUC